AUGAGCCGAGAGGUCUCUCAGUCGGCUCCAAAGACCUACGUGGUCGAACACCUCGACCCGGAACUCGGCCCAUGGUCAGCGCUGGAGUACGGGUGUAUUGCCGAGGAAUCCAGCAAAGCUGGCGCCAAGUUCAUGCUCACUUCCGUUCCGGAGGCGUUACGGCUUCCGCCUAACUUGGCGGCGAUGAGCAGCUUACAGGUGGAGCACCGUAGUGUUGAAGAGGUGUUUGCCGUUGAAAAGCCCAGGGUGUGCCUUUUAGACCCUGCAGCAAGUUCAGAACUCUCGCCGCAAGAUGGGGCCACUUUUGACGUUUUUCUUUUCGGAGGAAUACUUGGUGAUGAUCCCCCACGAGAUCGCACCUCAGAACUACGCAAGAAAGGUUACGCCGGCAGAAGGCUAGGGCCAAAGCAGAUGACUACAGACACUGCUGUUAGAGUAACUCGGAUUGUCGUCGAGGACAAAGUUCCUCUGGACAAGAUCGAUUGGGUUGAUUAUCCAGAGUUGCGGCUCGACGUACAUGAGACGACUGAAAUGCCCUUCAGAUAUGUGAAAGGCCAAAACGAAGAGCCUAUUAUGCCGGAGGGAAUGAUCGAUCUCAUUAAGAAGGAUGCAGAUAAAGGGUUGGAAGAUCUCCUAUGA